AUGAGAUCAAUCCGAAGGGGAAGUCCAUCGAGACCGAAUCGACACUCACUGCAAUCUGAAGCAACUACAUGCAUUAUCAGCGAUUGGGAGUAUGAUGAGGAGAAUUUGGAGAAUUUCGAUCCGAAUCAUCACAGAUAUUUGUGCUGUUGUGGGCAUGCGCAUUCAUUGACCGGAAUGAAAAUAGUGGCCGGAAUGUUGUGUGUCACCGUAGUCUUCGAACUUUGGCAUCUCAUCGUAUCAGUGUUGGCAUCUGAGAUGGUGGAGAAGGCAGACGUAACCGGUGCAGCCAUCCGUUUCUUCGCCGGCGUUUUCAUCGCUGGCUCAGUGCUCUGGGCGAUUUUCGCUCAACGCGCCGAACUCCUCGUACCGUAUCUCCUUCUCCAGGGCGCCGGCCUCGCCAUCGGCCUAGUCUUCUUCGUUUCAUUCAUGUAUAUCGGACUGUUCGGUGACAAAAAAGUGGGCACUACGGUACUUGGAUCUUACGGUAUUCCAGUGAAUCCACGUGAUGAGACCGCCUAUUUUAACUACGCAGCAUGGUUGAUGGCUGGAUCAUUUGCCAUAGUCAUUGUACUUCAGAUAUGGAUGAUGAUGAUUGUCGUCGCGUGUUGGAGGUUUUUCAGAGACAAACGAAAUAAUGAGAAGAACUUCAAAGAAAUCGUCACCGUUCAGAAAAUUCAACUUUUGACGAGAAUGAGGAUUUCGCUAUCCGCCGAAGCACUUGGUUCGGAAUCUUCUCAUACACGGAAUUGGGUGAAGACACGAUCUUUCUCUGCGUCUCUUGAUGUUUGA